AACAGCACCGCGGUCACCGCCAGACCCUGAGCUGAAGUGCAGAGCAGCCGCUAACUUGAAUGGACUUUUGGUGGUUUUAAACGGGCAGCAUGUAGCUGAGUGUAAAGUGAGUUGCAUAUGCGAUGGUGGAAAACACCGAGAGAUGAAUCAAUCCACAGGCGGCGACUUUGAACAUAUGUGCUUGAGCGCAAAUUCCUGCGCGGCCAAAUGAAUUUUAAACAGGAAAAUCAUCUGGAUUUAACUGAGGAGAUCUAAAGCAGUAGAUAUUAGAAACAAAGGAUUUUUGAAUACGUGCUUCAGAGGACCCGCAGGCGAAGCCAGAUUUGCAUCGCAGACAUUUUCAAGAGCCUGAAAAUAUGGAGCUGUACAGUGAAGCCGUAAAUUACCUACAAGAAUAUGGUGUUCAAGUAGCUAAAAAGGAACAAGAGGAUCUGGAAGAAGUAUUUGAUGUAGAUGUUGAUUUCAUCCCUCCAUCCAGUUCACCUCGAAGCCUGCUCCGCUCAGACAGCAUUGAAUUGCUCGAUGUUCCGGGUAACUAUGACCCAGAAUCGAUGUUGAGAAAGAGAAUGGUGGUCUUAAAGAGUAUCCUGGACAGUGAACAGCUUUACCUCUAUGAGCUUGAAACGCUAAUGAUGCCCAUCAAAGCCCUGAAAGCUACAGCAUGCACAUCCCAGCCAGUUCUGACAGAACAGCAGAUCCAGACGGUGUUUUUCCAGGUUCCAGAACUACUGGAUCUUCACAGGGCUUUCUAUGAGAGUUUGAAAGAGCGAGUUGAGCUUGGAGAAUCAUCAGAGGGUGUGGGAGACCUCUUUCAAAAAAUGGUGAGUCAGUUGUGUACAUACAGAGGCUUCAUUGAUAACUAUGAGAAUGCUGUGGAGACGGUGCACAAAUGCAUGCAAACUGAUGAGCGAUUUAAAACUUUGGCAGAGAACAUGUCCUGCAAGCAGACAAAGGCAAAAUAUACAAUAGAAGCUCUUCUGUACAAACCUUUGGAUCGAGUGACAAAGACCACUUUGGUUCUGCAUGACCUCCUGAAGCAUACCCCGGAAGAACAUUUGGACUAUCCUUUACUGCAGGAAGCGCUUCGGAUCUCUAGCAGUUUCCUCUCUGUAGUCAACGAGGAAGUUCCAAACAAGAAAAGCACAGUAACCCUAUCCAAAGGCAAAGUUCGACAGCUAGUGAAAGAUGGUUUCCUUGUGGAUUUUUCAAAUGGAAAUCGAAGCUUUCGCCAUAUAUUCCUUUUUACAGAUCUUAUCUUGUGUGCCAAAUUAAAACAAGGGAAGCACCCACACUACAGGUUUGAUUGGUACCUUCCUGUUUCUGGAUUGACUGUCCGUUGUGGCCAAGAGUGCAAUAUUCCUUCCUGCUAUCAAUUAAGAAUGAAGGAUUUGAAACAGAAAAUAUUUCUCCUAAGACGCAACAUUCAACAAGAGAAGAGAGGUAGUAAAAUCUUAGCGAUGCGUACAUGUGACCGGGCCAAAAAGAAAUUGCUGGAAUAUGAGAGCUGGAUGUUGACACAUUCUCCCACAAUACCUCUGGAACUACAUAGCCGCUAUGGAAAGAAUCACACCCUCUUGCUAUCCUCUCUGUAUGAGCUCUAUGAAUGGAAGGACUGUAUUGAGAAGCUCACAGGUGAAAGCUUUGAAAAAAUUUCUGUAGACCUACUAAAACUGACCAGCUCCUGUGUUAAACUGCGAUCUGUGCAUCAUCCUCCCUCCAGCAGCUUUACAGAAGAAAAUACUGACAAAGGCCUGUGUGGAACACUCAGUGUCAUGGUUCACAGUGCUACGGAAUACCAGAAACCAGCAAAUACUUACAUUUCUUUGGAGCUGGACAGUUUUGGAUAUUUUGAGAACAGAGGUCAGACGAGAGUUUUGAUGGAUGUUUCAGAACCAAUAUGGGAAGAGGAGUUUUCCCUGGAGGUGGAUGGUGCUCAUUACCUGCGCUUGCUCUGUGUUCAGCAACAAGAGACUGGAGAGAGCUUGACUGAAGACAAGAUCCUUGGAAGAACACAAGUGGAGCUGGAAGCUAAUUUUAUUCAGAACAAAUGGAGAAGGAUGGCUGUUACCCUGAAUGAGAUACAAGUUUCUGUCUCUCUGAAAUAUUCUGCACAUGGUCUGCAGCCACCAGGAUCCUCUUGCACAGAUCAGAGUGAAGUGUUUGGAGUCCUCCUAGGAAUCACAGCAGAAAGGGAAGGUGUUUUGGUGCCCAAUCUUGUGCGGUAUUGUGUGGAGGAGAUAGACAGAAGGGGUCUGGAAGAAGUAGGUAUCUAUCGAAUCUCCGGAAUUGCCACAGAAAUCCAAGCACUGAGGACAGCCUUCAAUACAAAUCUGCAAGAUGCUAUUAGUCGACUGAAGACUGUUGAUGUGAACGCUGUGUCUGGAACCUUGAAACUGUACUUCCGGGAGCUUCCGGAGCCACUGAUUCCACCAGAGUUCUUCCAACCGCUGGCUCGUGGACUUGAAGUUGCUGACAAAGAAAAAAAGGAAUGUUCCAUGAUUGACCUGCUGCAAGAGAUCCCAGAUGCAAACCGCAACACAUUUCUGUUUCUGGUUCAACAUCUCAAGAGAGUGUCAGAGAAGAAGGAUGUGAACAAGAUGACCAUCCACAACCUUGCCACAGUAUUUGGUCCCAGUCUAUUACGCCCCCCAAAGGAUUCCCAGUCGGAUGCAGUGGAUAUCUCACAGGAAGUGGUAGUGCAGGUCCAAGUGGUGUUUUACUACUUGCAGUCUAACAACCUCCCAGCUCCCCAGACAAGGAGGAAGACUUACACCGAAUCUGAGGAGACUUGAGAUGCUUGUAAUUCUGUUGAAUGUACUUUUGGCUUCUCUAAAUAUGUAUACAGUAUGUAUAUAAAGUCUAUUCAUUUGUAACUUAAUGUAUUUUUAAAAAAGCAAAAAAAAAAAUUGAAUUGAGUCU